AUGGCAGCCAACGACCGCACCGACAUCCCUCCAGCCCCAGCCUAUUUCCCCACCUCCGCCGAUUCCCCCCUUCAUCCCCCAACAGCUCUUUACACAUCUCUUCGUAGUCUGUCCCCUGACAACGACUUGACUAAAACCCAAGAUUUUGUCGUCCCACCCCGCAGCGGAAAAGCCUGGACCGUACCUGCCGGCGCCCUAUUCCGCCUCUCGACCCCAGAAGGCCCGCAAGUAGGCGAUCUGAACGUCUGGAACCGGCAUGAUCCCCGAGAAAAGUUCUGGGCCAGCAGGACAAGGCAGCUGCAGGGAAGCCAUGUAGUGCAGGGUGAUAGGCUGUGGAGUUGUUUGCCGUUUAUGAGGCCACUUUGUGGGCUUGUGGAAGACGGAUGUGAGAUUAGGGAUAGUGAUGGGAAGGGGAAUGGGAGUGGAAGGGAAGCGAGUAGGGAUGAGAGGGGUGGAGUUACAAAGUGGGGUGGAAGGUGUAAUGAUCUCUUGGGGACGAGGUGUGAUCCUUAUGUUGGAAACGUGCUGACAGGCGCUUCCUACGACUACCACUGUCACUCCAACCUUGUCCGUUCUGUUCUUCCCUACGGUCUCACAGAAUUUGACGUGCACGAUGUGCUUAAUGUUUUCCAAGUCACCGGACUAGAUUCCCAGGGUCGUUACUUCAUGGAAGCUAGCCCUGCAACGGAAGACAGUUUUCUUACAUUCUUCGCCGAGCAGGACUUACUGUGCGCAUUGAGCACAUGUCCUGGUGGAGACCUGAGUCGCUGGGGCUGGACUCAGGCAGAGGAGGCUAGUGGAAGCAAGGAGAAGAAAGAGGGAGAAGACGACGAAGGCAUGAAGAGUACAUGCCGACCUAUCAGGGUCGAGGUGUACGAAAUCAAAGAGGCGGUAAAGGAGAAGGUGUUGAAAGGAUGGAAGAAGCCUGAGAAGAGUGGAUAUCGAGGGAUCCAUGGAAUGGGUAUUCCUUCAGGCGAGGCUUAG